CUAUCUUUGCUUAUUGCAGAUUAUUGUAUUUGCAGUUUAUAAAUGCAAAAUAGUUAAUAAAAGAAUGAAAUAUUAAGAUUUAUAGUAUAAUUGAACUACUAAACACAAAUUUGUUUGAACUACGUACGAUACUCUGUUCGAAAAAAUGAAUAUCAUAGUCGCGCGGUAAAUUCAAAUCAUAAAAAAGUUAAGUUUUUAAGAUAAAAAUAACAUUAGACUACGUCAAAUAAACUUCAAUCAAAUUUUAAUUUACUUGUAAAUUAAGAUGGGCGAUCAAGAACAGGAAGCACCAUCAGAAAAAAGCGAGGCUCCAGGUGGUGAAGAAACUGCCAAUCCUGAAAAUGAACUAACCCCCGAACCAGCUCAAACAACCAAAGAACCAAAACCAGGAGCACCAGCCGAGGAAGCUAAACCUGAAGAAGACAAAGAAGAGGCACGUCCGUCAGAAGCCUCUGCUGUUCCUCCUGAAGAAGGAACCGCAGAAAAACGCCCAUCUCAACCAGAUACUGAUACUAAACCAAAAGAAUCUGAAACUGCUGAAACUAAAGAACAUGCGGAAGCGGUAGAUAAAGUAGCAUCAAAGGAAAAAGAACCAAAACCUGAAGAACGUAAAUCAACAGCAAGCAAGAUCGGAGAAGAUGAAGAAGUUAAAGAACAAAAAUCGCCAUCGCUGGUUGAAAAAACUCAAUCUGUUCACAGUAGAGCAAGUAAGGUGAGCAAAACAAGUCGGACAAGUCAAGAGUUACAUGAAAUCAAAUCGGAAGAAAUUGUAAAAACCAGCGCUUUAGUUUCUUCAGAAAGCUUCGAAAAACGCCGUGGCUUAACAAAAGAAGAUGGAAAGGAAGGUCGAAAAAGUCGCACAGAACGUCUUAGCAGUCGAGCACAAAAAGUACUUGGAAGCACAAUAUCAAUUCGACGCCUGAGUGUAAUUGGAGACUUUUAUGACCGCUCUAAGGGCGCUCGUUAUAUGAACACUUACAAACUGGAAUCGGAUAAUCCGUUUAAACCAGAAAAAGUUACAAAAAUAUUAGAAGCAGUGAUGACAGAAGCCUUGGAAAAUCUAACUUAUGACCCAGAGAAAUGCCCGAAACAAGCCAAAUGGGCUUCGAGUGCAAUCAGGGCUAAAGUUAAAGAACUUCAGUUUGAAAGAUAUAAGUUAAUUUGUUUGGUUACAAUCGGAGAAAAAAAUUCGCAAGAUGUUUUUGUCACUUGCAGAUUUCUUUGGGAUGUAGAUCGAGACAGAUAUGCAACUUAUUCGCUUGAAAAUACAUUUGUUUUUGGGAUAGCACAGUGUUUCGGAGUGUAUUAUGAAUGAAAAUUAUUUAAAUUUCGUUCCGUGAAAUCAAUAAAAUGACAAAAUC